AUGGUAGACAAAUACACAAGAGAACGCUCACAUAUUCAGUUCGCUCGGGUGCUAGUUGAGAUGGAAGUUACGGAUAACCCUCCUACAAGUAUUCAGUAUAUUAAUGAACAUGGUCAAAUCAUGGAGCAAGGAGUUGAAUAUGAAUGGUUGCCAAUUAAAUGCAAGAACUGUACUAGUUUUGGUCAUUCAAUGACAGAUUGUAGGAAGACUAAGAAUGCUCAGUGGGUCAUGAAGGAAACCAAGUUAAAUAAGGAUGAAAAAGCUCAGAGUUCAGCUGGUUUUAAAGCUGUAGAAUCGAAGGGUACUGAGAUUCAUGUGGAUACUGAUAAGGUUGUCGAUGAGACUAGUUCAGAAGAAGUCAAGACACAGACCGAUAAGGGUGACCUUCUUUUACCAGAUAAGGAGGUUUUAGCUGGGACUAGGGACAUUAAUCAGGCAAGCCAUCUAUGGCACACUCCAAAAAAGGUUGCUGCUCAUUCAAAGGAGGGACAGGGAUCUGGUAAAAAUGCUAAGGUGACUGGGCAAACGAACAAGAGUUUGAACAAAUUUGUUGUGCUCCAAGAGGACCGGUUGAGUGCUAGAAUCUAUACUAAAAUUGAUCAUGUUCUCAUUAAUGAGAAGUGGGUGGACUUAUUUCCUCAAGCUACAGCUAUGUUUAGUUGGGAAGCAUUUUCUGAUCAUUGCUCUUGUCUAGUCAAACUUCAGGUUCAAGAGAAGCUAGGAAUAAAAAUGUUUCGGUUCUUCAAUUACUGGAUAGAGCAUCCAGAUUUUCAUAUUCAGGUUUUAAGAAGUUUGAAUCAGCCAAUUAAUGCAACAGGAAUUCGGGCCAUUUUCCUUAAAAUGCUGAGAUUGAAACACUGUCUGAAAGUAUUUAACACAGAUAAGAUAAGUGACCUGAAGGCUAAAUUCUAUAAAGCUAAAGAGACCUUUCAAGUAGCUCAUUUACAAGCUCAAGCUUAUCCUGAUGUAUUGGAUUUUCAGGAAGCUGAAAAGGAAGCUGCUGAGGCUUAUUCAAAGCGUAAAGCGGAGAAUGGUAUUGUCUCUUUCAUAGCUGAAGAUGGCAAAAUGGUGGAUAAUUUCUCAGAAGUGGUCUCUCAUUAUGUGGGGCAUUUUAGAGACUUUUUGGGCAGCUCUAGUUCGGCCUCGGGGAGUAUUAAUACUCAGAUUGUAGAGAUGGGACCUCAACUAUCAGUUUUGCAGCAAAUGAAACUCCUUAAACCUUUUUCUAGGAAGGAGAUUAGGGAGGCUCUCUUCAGUAUUCCUAUAACCAAGUCUCCGGGUCCGGAUGGGUUUGGUUAUGGAUUUUUUAAAGUAGUCUGGAAUGACAUUGGGGAUGAGGUGUGCGAAGCAAUUACCCACUAUUUUGAAUCAGGUAUUUUCCCUUCUGAGCUCCACGAAAGAACCUUAUCUUUGAUUCCUAAGGUUGCCAAUCCUUCAAGGGUUGUAGAUUAUAGACCCAUCGCUUGUUGCUCAACAUUAUAUAAGUGUAUGUCGAAGCUGAUUUGUAAGAGAUUGGCCGAUAUUCUUCCUGAUCUUAUUCAGCCUAAUCAGGGAGCAUUUGUCAAGGGUCGGUCUAUUGCCCACAAUAUUAUGAUAUUCCAAGAUCUUAUCAAAAACUAUGGGAGAGCUACUACUUCAUCGAGAUGUGCUAUCAAAAUAGACCUCGGAAAGGCCUAUGACACGGUUGAUUGGGUCUUCCUUGAGAACCUGUUGAAAGCUUUGAAAUUUCCUAUGAAAUUUAUUGGUUGGGUCAUGGCUUGUGUAAGGAAUACAUCUUAUUUUCUCUUGAUGAAUGGUAGGAUUCAGGGUAAAUUUAAAGGAGGGAAAGGGCUGAGACAAGGAGACCCCAUGUCACCUUUGUUGUUUGUCAUUAUUAUGGAAUAUUUGACUAGGAGUUUGCAACAAGUUGCUCUUAAUUCACCCUUUCGGUAUCAUCCAAUGUGUAAAGGUAUCAAACUCAUUAAUCUUUGUUUUGCGGAUGAUUUAUUGUUAUUUUGUAAAGGAUGUCUUGCUGCUAUUAGAGCUGUCAAAGGGGUGCUUGAUAGCUUUGCUACAGCCACAGGUCUUUCUAUAAAUUCAGAUAAAUCGCUGGUUUAUUUUGGUGGAGUUUCUAACACAGAAAGAUCUAGAAUUGCUCAUGAGUUAAAUCUGACAGAAGAAUUAUUUCCCCUUACUUAUCUUGGGGUCCCUAUGAGGCCUACAAAAUGGAAGCAUGAAGACUGUGAGGUUAUUCUUCAGAAAUUUCGCUUGAAAAUUCAGAAUUGGGCGAGUAGACACUUGUCUUUUGCUGGCCGGAUUCAACUCAUAAAUUCAAUGUUACUUGGGCUUCAAAACUAUUGGAUGUUUAUCUUUGUUUUGCCUCAAAGCAUAGUUAAGGAAAUUGAGAGGAUAUGUAGGGGCUUCCUGUGGGGUUCAGCUGCGCAGAGAAGUAAAUUACACAUUCCCUCUUGGCAGAAGGUUUGUCUUCCUAAAGCCUAUGGAGGUUUGGGUUUCAGAGAUGGAGCUACUUGGAACCGGGCUGUGUUAGCUAAAUAUGUUUGGGCCUUAUCUGCGAAACCUGAUCUGCUUUGGGUAAAAUGGAUCCAUUCCAUUUAUCUGAAAGGUGCUGACUUCUGGAACUAUGUCUUAAUAGCAGAUUGUAGUUGGUAUUGGCGAAAGCUAUGUCAUCUCCGGGAUCAUUUUAGGCCUGCUGAUAGCAUUUCUGCUGGUGUGCAAGGGAGAUUUAAAUCCACAAGAUUGUACAACAGUCUUUUGGUUCAACAAAGGGAUGAGUUCUACAGAACUAUUUGGAGCAGAAUCAUUCUUCCAAAUCACAGAUUUAUGCUCUGGCAAGUUGUAAAUUCUCAUCUGUUAACUAGGGAUAACCUCAGUAGGAUGCAAGUUCAGCUAGCCUCUGAGUUAUGCCCUGUCUGUGACAGAAUGCAGGAAAGCCACUCCCAUCUAUUCUUUGAAUGUAUCUUCUCUACUCAGCUGGUUAAAUGUAUAUUUGAUUGGUUGGGGUUUGAUGCUUGGCCUCUAGACUAUCACAGCUGGUUGGUGUGGUUGGCAAGGGCCCGAAAAGGAGUUACAGCUGAUAUAGUUAAUCUAGUCUGUGCUGCUGUCAUCUAUAGCAUUUGGAUAAACAGGAAUCAAUGUUUUUAUGAAGGCUAUUCUUCCACGGUUCUGAAGCUAACUCAGGAUAUUAAGUAUACUACUAAAUAUAGGCUAAAUAUAGUGUCUAAAAGACUUGUUUCAGUUAAGGAUCAACUGUACAUUCGGCAUUUACAAUGUAGAUAA